AUGCGAGAAUGGUUUAAUCAGGGCUUUUUUCCGAAUGGUGAAGAGCUCAUGAUCAGGCUACCUCAAUGGAAGCAUCACUUAGCUUUGAAGAUGGUGUGGCCGGAUGUCUCGCAAGCCUUCAUGGGAAUUCCCCAGCUGGCUGCUUCUUCAACACUCGCCCAGGUUUCAGCAGCACGGGAUGGCUAUGAACAGUAUCCUGCAGCGGAUAUUCAGACCACCUUUGGAGGUAGCAGGUCAGCUGAGGAGCAGCCUUCCUACCUCGGAGAAGCUCUACCAAUGGGAGGGUUUUGGAAUGGCCAUGCUGAUCCAAGUGCAGCUGGUCUUAGCAACGGGCUGGUAGGUUAUCCGUCACAUGGAAUACCGUCUAUUCCGGUCACGACUGAGAGCCCUGCCUUGUCUGCGUGCGGACUGCCAAUGUCCAGAGCAGUCCCCAAUGAGCUCUUAGACAGAAUGCCCCACAUGAGUGCGGCGAUACCGGCGAUACCAAAUAUAGCAAAUCCUGCGAUACAAAGCGAUUUGGCAGGCAUGGGUCAUUUGGUAAUGCCCGGCAUGGGUGGCAGCGCGAUGCAAGGGCUUAUGUUGGCCGAGAACCAGCAGGCAGAAGUCUUGGCUCAAAGUGUUGAUGGAAGCCAAUUUGCUGGCUUUGCAGGCAUUAUGAUGCCCAUGCAGCAAGCGCUCAAUCAAAUGGGAAAUUCAAAUAUGCAGUUCAUGCAGAUGCAGAUGCCUGGUUCCAGACCUGCAGGUCGCUUUCGUGGUAGAAUUAAGUCGUUUAAUGCAAAGCAAGGCUUUGGCUUCAUAGAGAACCCGGAGGCUUAUGCUAUGUUCGGAAGGGAUGUCUUCUUGCACAAGGCACAGAUUGGCAACCUAAAAGUGGGAAUGGAGGUGACGUACGGUGUGGAGAUGAACAAAUUCGGCAUGCCACAGGCCCGCGAUUUGGCUACUCUUGAUGGAAAGCCACCCGGUCCUCCUCCAGCCAGUGUCGCAAAGGGUGGCACGAAGACCAAAGCAUCUGGCAAGAGGGUGACCAAGGGCAAGGAAGAUGGAGAUGCAGCUGCUGCACCAGUUGGUGUCAGGAAUGCAGCUUCCUUGAAUUUGACCAAGGUCCCAGUUGUGCCGCAAGAUGCUGGAGUUCCUUUGAACUGA